GCGGUCCCGGGCAGCCGCGCAGCCGCGAGGAGACGCACCGGGCUCGCGGUCCCGGGCAGCCGCGCAGCCGCGAGGAGACGCACCGGGCUCGCGGUCUCGGGCAGCCGCGCAGCUGCGAGGAGACGCACCGGGCUCGCGGUCCCGCGCAGCCGCGAGAAGACGCACCGGGCUCGCGGUCUCGCGGAUCCGUGAGGAGGGCGGCGGCCGGGCCGCAGGCGCUCGCUCCGUGGUCACCCUGCUCACUGAAUCAUGCAGGAUGACGGACGCUGCCUUGAUUAAAACUUUCCGGGUGCUAGCCCGGCACGGUUACGCAGUAGAAAUAUCUCCCUAUUUCCCCUCCAGAGUUGCCUGCGCUACCUCCCAGUACUACGGAAUCGCAGGAUGUGGGACAUUAGUGGUGCUGGAACAAACAGAGACCGGAAUUAACCUUUUCAGGAGUUUUGACUGGAACGAUAGCCUUUUUGAUGUUACAUGGAGUGAGAACAAUGAACACGUCCUGGUCACUGGUAGUGGUGAUGGAUCUCUACAGAUCUGGGAUACAGCAGGCCCUUCUGGACCCCUACAAGUCUUCAAGGAGCAUACACAAGAGGUCUACUGUGUGGAUUGGAGCCAAACACGAGAAGAAAAUCUUGUAGUAUCUGGAUCAUGGGAUCAGACCAUAAAAGUGUGGGAUCCGUUGGUAAAAGAUUCAGUUUCUACACUCCGGGGACAUGAAAGUGUCAUUUACAGCACAAUCUGGUCACCACAUAUCCCAGGUUGUUUUGCUUCAGCCUCAGGUGAUCAUACUCUAAGAAUCUGGGAUAUUAAGACAGGAAGAGCGAAUAUAAUAAUUCCUGCUCAUCAAGCAGAGAUCUUGACCUGUGAUUGGAAUAAAUAUGAUCAGAACUUGCUUGUUACUGGAGCAGUUGACUGCACUUUACGAUGUUGGGAUCUAAGAAAUAUCCGGCAGCCGGUUCAUCAGCUUGCCGGCCAUUCCUAUGCUAUACGAAGAGUCAAAUUUUCUCCCUUUCAUGCAACCAUAUUAGCUUCAUGUUCAUACGAUUUCUGUGUCAGAUUUUGGGAUAUUUCCAAGCCUGACUCAGUGCUUGAAACACUGGAGCACCACACAGAAUUUGUAUGUGGACUUGAUUUCAGCAUACAUAUCCCUGGUCAGGUGGCUGAUUGUGCCUGGGAUGAGACUGUGAAGAUCUAUAUUCCAUCUUGCCUUACAGUUAGUCAUUAAAUUUGGCAUCAUUGUGCAAUUUAGUACAUCAUGUUCCACUUCCCAAAACUAUAUUUCUAUAUAAGACUGUAUUCUUUAUAUGCAGCUCAUAAUGAGCAUUAGCUAUUGAGAAAAUUUAUGAAGCUCUUCAGCAGUUUUAUAUAUAUACACAUAUACAUACACACAUACUAGACAGCCAGGUGACCCGUUGGGGCAUCCUUUGAGAGAAAGGUAGUGCAGUCUGAUGUGACCAGAAUGAACAUUAAAUUUCCGUGAAUGCUAUUGCUAUCGCUUUGCUUUGGAAAUUAAAGAAGAAAAACUCAGUUUAUUAAAGAAGAAAGACCCGUAGCAGGAUAAAUAUAGCUCCUCCUCGUUAAAUGAAGGACACUUUUGAUGACAACAUUUCUGGUUGAUCUGCCACCCUUCAAGAACACUCUAACGCUUUCAUUUCUUUUUCUCUGGCUUAAGGCCACAUACAGCUGACCAUACUGGAAUACUGGUUUCUCCAGAUAAAUCAACACAUUCUCCAUGGUUUGGGCUUGCGCCUUGGGUAUAGUCAUAGCAAAACAUGACUGUAUCGGGAACUGGCUCUGCUGAAGAGGGACAUCUUCCCCUUCCGAUAAACUGAGAGUAAUUCUUGGGAUCAUGACAAUGCCAUUUUUCAACGCACCAAUGUUUAUCUUUGCUAUGAUGAGAUUCUCCUGCAGUUCUUCCAUCAUCAUUCGCGUUCCAUUGCAAAGCCUUGAUGGACCCAAAUUCCUCAUUGAAAUGAUGGGAGAUCCCCUCUUCAAUUCCAAUGUGGUGGCAAUCCAGAGAGUUCGACCGAAUCAAGGAAUUCUGUUGGAAAAUGAGUGGCGUUAGCUCCUUCACUUACGGCGUUGAAGGAACAGCAUUCUUUCAUGAUUCCAGGGAAAUGUCUAAUUCAUGUGAAGUUUAUUUUUUGCAUCAUUUCACUGAGAGGAAACAAGAUAGAAUUCCUCGAAAACAGUUCUGCAGGAUUGUCGAAUGUCGGGUAUAUGAAAUCAAUACAUUCUUCCAUGGUUUUUGCUGGCAGAAUCAUAUCUUCAGGUAAUUUGGUUAUAUUGUUUUCAUUUUUCUCAAUCUUGUCUUCUCCAACAUCCAAUAAGAACUCAGAAUAUCGUCCUUCUCCCUCACUCAAUCGCAUGUUUCUCUUCAAUUGAAACUUGAUGAAGCUUCUCCAUAAGUAGGAUUUUUUAAUGCAUGAAUUCUCUACAUCAGCAUCAUUUCCUCGUUUCACAACUGCUAGAGGCUGACGGGAAUCGCCACAGCAAAUGGUUAACACCCCCUAAGGCUUCAUCCUUGCCGCAUACAUCACGAGGAGUCUGGUCCACGGCUUUGAAGCUCUCCCUCCUAAUAAUGGGGUACUCAUCCCAGACAAUAAGCCUCACAUUUUGGAGUAAAUUUGCAGUAUUGGUAUUUUUAUCAAUGUUACAAAGGGCAUCUUCAUUGACUUCGAGGGGUAUCUUGAAUCUUGAAUGCACUGUCCUACCACCAGGCAUCAAUGUUGCUACUAUACCGGAUGAUGCUACAGCAAUAGCAACACCUCCAUCUACCCUAACUUUAGCGAGGAUCAAGUUGAUGAUAAAUGUCUUGCCCGUUCCUCCUGGUGCAUCAAUGAAAAUCACUGAAGAGAGAUUCCUUUCCAAGCAGUCGCACACAUAUUCAUAUACUUCUCUUUACUCAUUAUUCAAUAGAGGCUCCUUCUGUGAAACAAAUUCCUGCUGCUUGUCUCUGUUGUAUUGCAGUUCAUGCAAUAAUUCCAGAUUGCCAGCACUUUUGAGUAAUUGUACCGUUCCUUGGUGUCGGCAAGUUAUAUUCUUCAAGUGUUUUGCCCAAGUUCUCAAGUUUCUCUUGGAAAUACAGAAGAGCUCAUCCAUGAUGCCUCUCACCAAUCAUGAUAGUUCUCCUCUCCAUUGUUAAGAAAUCUUCCGACAUUGCAUUCUUGAACCAGUUCCAUAAUUGCUGUGGAUUGCUGAUUUCAGUGUUUGUUAGCGAGACGACAAACAAAUCUCUCAUUGCUCUGGGCAUUCUUAUUCUCUCUGCUUCUUCCAUAUUUGCUGCCAAUGAUCGUCAGCUUGCAACAAUCCUCUCUCUCUGCAGACAUCUUUGAAUCAUGGAAGGAUAUCUCCAUCAUGUGUUUUCAAUGAUUCGAAGGUUACUGGCCCCUUUAUGUGAUGAAGAAGAAGUCUGGAAUAGUAGAGGUCACCACUUCGUGGAGAAACGGUAUACACUUGACCCAGAACAUUUGCUUCAGAAAUCCCGGAGUAGUCGUCCACUCUUUUGACUGCAGCAAAGGGUUUGAUGGGUGUUUCGAAGUACUUCAUUACAAUAAGAUUUAAUUAUCUGUUCCUGAUGGGUUGCAGCUUGAUCUGUCCCAAUCCUGCACAUGCUGAUGGUAAUUAGCAGAAUGUGGCUUCUCGAAAUAGAGCUGCCCUGCCCUUUUGCUGUGGUUGGUGUCACUGCUGUGAGCAUCGUGAGGCGCUGCUGAAGCUGGCCUUGUGCAUGCGUCGUGGUGUCGCAUCACGGUUUCCAUGAAAGCUGAAAUCAGGUGUGGAAAGCGGGGCCUGAUGAUGAGUGAGCAAUUUUAUACAAAUAUAACCCUGACCUUUGAAUGCAUUCUGUAAAUUAGUGCAUUUUAAGUCCAUUUAGUCAAAAAAAAAAGUGCCGCUUUAAUGCACUGUUUGGGCUAAUUUGAGGGCACAAACACAAACUGACAAACAGAUAAAUAGAAUGAGAAUUUUAGUAAUGUAUAGAUAAAUAGAUAUAUGUGUUUGUAUAUAUGUAUUCACACACACGUGUGUAUAUAUAUAUAUGUACAGAUCUAUGUACGUAUGUGUGUGUGUGUAUAUAUAUAUAUAUAUAUAUAUAUAUAUAUAUAUACACACACCCUAAAUGUAUAGUUUGAUAUGUCUGCCAUGAAUUGAUAUGCACUUAAAGGAAAUGUAAACUUGCAUUUUAUCUGUCUACAUUGCAGAGUGCUUGAGAAGGCAGUGGAUAAAAAAUACAACACUGGCGGUUUAUUUAUUUUUUGUGUUAAUUCAUGAGUAACAGCUGCUGCAAAAGCCUUGAAACUAUGUAUAAAUUUGACUUUGUAUAUUUCAUUCUAAGUUAAUACAUUUUGCACUAAUGCAUUGUUCAACUAAGAGUGAAUGUCUGUCUUGGUUCUGUGGUACUUCAUCCAGACUGUGAAGAUUAGACACUGCCUUAAAAUUACAGUAACCAGGUCUUGAUAGGUGGAGGGCAGUGUUGUUGCAAGAUGAACUUCAGUCGACAUUGGUUUGGAAGAAUUAACAUGAAUAUGUUUUCAUCGUAAUUGAAGAGGAAAAAGAAUCAUAAUUUGAACUUUUGCUGCAACAAGAGCUUUUCAUUGUUCAGAAAUUUUAAUUACUUUUCUGUCUUGAUACGGUUACAGAUAAUGUCAUUGUUAACAUUGAUAUUUGUGUCAAUAACAUUUAAAGUGACUCACGUA